CGCUUGACUUGGAGGCGGAGCUCCCCGCGGGGCGGGGCUUUUCCGGGGGCGGGGCUCCAGGCGCCGUGGCGGGUGGCUAGCGGUCCUGCCAGGGCUGAGGAGGCGAUGGCGGCACGCGUGUCGAGGCUGCUUGCCGCACUGCUGGCUGUCGCCGCCGCUGCCUCCCGGGCCGAGGUCGAGACCGAGGCGGGAUGGGACACGGCGGAGCCUGAUUUGCUCUUCGCCGAGGGGACCGCGGCCUACGCGCGCGGGGACUGGCCCGGGGUGGUCCUGAGCAUGGAGCGGGCGCUGCGCUCGCGGGCCGCCCUGCGCGCCCUCCGCCUGCGCUGCCGCACCCGCUGUGCCGCCGACCUCCCGUGGGAGCUGGACCCCGACUCGCCCCCGAGCCUGGCGCAGGCCUCCGGCGCCGCCGCCCUGCACGACCUGCGCUUCUUCAGGAGCCUGCUGCGCCGCGCCGCCUGCCUGCGCCGCUGCCUCGGGCCGCCGGCCGCCCACUCGCUCAGCGAGGAGGUGGAGCUGGAGUUCCGCAAGCGGAGCCCCUACAACUACCUGCAGGUCGCCUACUUCAAGAUAAACAAGUUGGAGAAAGCUGUAGCAGCAGCACACACUUUCUUCGUGGCCAAUCCUGAGCACAUAGAAAUGCAGCAGAACCUAGACUAUUACCAAACCAUGUCUGGAGUGAAGGAGGCUGACUUCAAGGAUCUUGAGGCCAAACCCCAUAUGCAUGAGUUUCGACUGGGAGUGCGACUCUACUCAGAGGAAGAGCCACAGGAAGCGGUGCCCCACCUAGAGGCAGCGCUGCAAGAGUACUUUGCUGCAGAUGAGGAGUGCCGAGCCCUCUGUGAGGGGCCCUAUGACUAUGAUGGCUACAACUACCUCGAGUACAACGCUGACCUCUUCCAGGCCAUCACAGAUCACUACAUCCAGGUCCUCAGCUGUAAGCAGAACUGCGUCACUGAGCUUGCUUCCCACCCAAGCCGAGAGAAGCCCUUUGAAGACUUCCUCCCAUCACAUUACAAUUACCUGCAGUUUGCCUACUAUAACAUUGGGAAUUACACACAGGCUGUCGAAUGUGCCAAGACCUAUCUCCUCUUCUUCCCUGAUGAUGAGGUGAUGAAGCAGAAUCUGGCCUACUACGCAGCCAUGCUCGGAGAAGAACAGGCCGGCUCCAUCGGCCCCCGUGAGAGUGCCCAGGAGUACCGACGACGAAGCCUGCUGGAGAAAGAACUGCUUUUCUUUGCUUACGAUGUUUUUGGAAUUCCCUUUGUGGACCCGGAUUCAUGGACUCCAGAAGAGGUGAUUCCCAAGAGAUUGCAAGAGAAACAGAAGUCGGAACGGGAAACAGCCGUUCGCAUCUCUCAGGAGAUCGGGAACCUUAUGAAGGAGAUCGAGACCCUUGUGGAAGAGAAGACCAAAGAGUCAUUGGAUGUGAGCAGGCUGACGCGAGAAGGUGGCCCCCUGCUGUACGAAGGCAUCAGUCUCACCAUGAACUCCAAACUCCUGAACGGCUCACAGCGGGUAGUGAUGGAUGGCCUGAUUUCUGACGAUGAGUGUCGGGAGCUGCAGAGACUGACCAACGCGGCAGCAACUUCAGGAGAUGGCUACCGGGGUCACACGUCCCCACAUACGCCCAAUGAGAAGUUCUAUGGUGUCACUGUCUUCAAAGCCCUCAAGCUGGGGCAGGAGGGGAAAGUCCCUCUGCAGAGCGCCCACCUGUACUACAAUGUGACCGAGAAGGUGCGGCGCGUCAUGGAGUCCUACUUCCGCCUGGACAGCCCCCUCUACUUCUCCUACUCCCACCUGGUGUGCCGGACUGCCAUCGAAGAGGCCCAGGCCGAGAGGAAGGACAGUAGCCAUCCAGUCCACGUGGACAACUGCAUCCUCAACGCCGAGACCCUCGUGUGUGUCAAGGAGCCCCCUGCUUACACCUUCCGGGACUACAGCGCCAUCCUCUACCUGAACGGGGACUUCGAUGGAGGGAACUUCUAUUUCACUGAACUGGAUGCCAAGACCGUGACGGCAGAGGUGCAGCCCCAGUGUGGAAGGGCCGUGGGAUUCUCUUCAGGCACUGAAAACCCGCAUGGAGUGAAGGCUGUCACCAGGGGGCAACGCUGUGCCAUCGCCCUGUGGUUCACCCUGGACCCUCGGCACAGCGAGAGGGACAGGGUGCAGGCGGACGACCUGGUGAAGAUGCUCUUCAGCCCAGAAGAGGUGGACAUCCCCCAGGAGCAGCCCCUGGACACCCAGCAGGGCCCCCCCAAGACUGCAGAAGAGUCUCUCUCAGGCAGUGAGUCGACACCCAAGGAUGAGCUAUGACAGUGCACAGGCCACAGGUCGAUUGGUGCUAGGACCCAUGGGCAGGGGGACUGACCAGCCCCUCGCGGCCAUGGGGCACUGGGCCUGCCUCCACUGCCCAGCAAAGGGGUCCCGCUCAUGGCCCUCUGCACGGUGCUGCUGCUCUGGGAGUGGACAUGGCAGGAUGCUGCUCCUCUCUGGAUCCGGCCCAGGGCUCGGGACGCAGGCCCAGAGCCACCCCAGGGGCCUGCGCAAGCAGCCGCGUGACAGCAACACAGUAUUUAAGUGAUGGUGUAGACAACGAAAGAAUAAAUGAUUUGUGUUUUUUUACUUGGUAGUUUGUUUGGAGAGCAGACAUACACCAUUCUGCCCCAGAGGUCCCUCUUGUAAAAAAUCGCUCUGGGCAGGGUGCAGCGGCAGGUGUGGGUGAGAAGGCCUGGCUCAGUGCCCGCCGUGGCCACGUGCUGUGCAGCCUCAGGCCACUUAACCUCAGGGACCUCGGGUUGUCAUCUGUAUGAUGGGGAUCAUGGUUCCCCUCUGCCCACCUUCUGGGGCAGUAGUGUGGCCCAGAUGCAAUAUUGGAUGUGACAGCACUUUGUAAACUGUAAAGCUCUGGAUGAAUGGUCGGGAUUACUGUUAAUCCUCUUCUGGCAGGGAGCAGCGGUCAGCAGUGCUCUGGCACGUUGCCCCCGUGCCGGCCACAUGCUUCCUGCUCUGCCGUCUGGCCUCAGAGUCUUGUAUGUCAGGCCUCCGGGCACAGGAUGACACACCUCUAGGAGACAGAGAGUGGGACUGGAGACUCAGCUUCUCUGGCCAUGUCCCUGGUGCCAAGCCCAGCCCCUUACUGUGCCUGAGACGCUGUAGGGCAGUGAGUGUGGGAACCUGUGCUCCGAGCGUAUUUGGGUGCUGGGAACAUAGUAGUAAACAAAGCAAGUCCCCACCCUCCCAGAGCCUGUUUUGUGGGAGAGACAGAUAAUAAACACAUAAAUAUG